GUUUUAGUACCGAGAGAGCCACCGUACCGAGACACAUUGGAGCUGGAAUACAGUCACUUAUGACUCGAUUAUGGUUAGAUUUCUGCUUAUUUGAUCAAAUACAAGGUUAUUUAUUUUCCAGCGUGAGGUCUACAGUUAUAUUUAUUAAUGAUGUCACGGCAGCGUUUCGUCUUAUUAGGUAGCUAGAUAGUCUCAUAUUUAUUAUUGCGCUGCCAACCCUUGUUCCUUUCCUGUGUCAAUGAUUGUCCUAUCCUCACUCUUAUGGCGGAGACUAAAAUAAUAUAUCACAUUGACGAGGAGGAGACUCCUUAUCUAGUGAAAUUAUCAGUUUCUCCUGAGAAAGUCACUUUAGCGGAUUUUAAAAAUGUCCUCAACAAUCGUCCAGUCAAUAGCUACAAAUUCUUCUUCAAAUCCAUGGACCAGGAUUUUGGGUAAGAAGCCACCCAUGAAUAGCCUAUAUUUUAUUCCUGUGUAUGUUGCAGUCUUGUUAUUGUUAUCAUAGAAGUAUAAACGUAGCUCAGCCCUAAUUGGUUAUUACACAGACACAACCAUGUGUCCAAUUUCACAACAAAGGUUGCAACAUUCUAACAUUUGCGCAAGACUGGUUGUGUCAUGUCUGAUCCGCAGUUGGCACCUGUUCAUUGUAUCCAAUGCGCAAUAGAAUAGGUCCUUUGAAGUUCGGACCCGUAACACCAAUAUCCCAUAGGACAUUAAACGCGAUUACGCUUUUAUUGUUGUCGAUGUUGGUUAUAGGCUACUGUAGUCCACACAAAAGUUAUUAUAUCUCAUUUCGAAGGUUGUGCUGUGUUGUCAUCGUCAUGUAGUAAUAAGCCCAUCUAACUUGAUGAUAUAGAUGUUACGUUGACAAAUCCUCCACAUGUUUACUGUGUGGCGCGAGUUCGGGAUCGAUUCCAAAUGAAUUAUUGCCAGACAUGUUUCUCUUGUGUGUUCAUGACUUUGUAGCACUUAUGGCAAUAGGGAAUAAACAGAAAGAAGCGAAGGAAAAGCAGAAUAGAGAUUGAUGCCGAUCGAAAAUGGUCACAUAUUAACUGUAGCCAAUCAUGAUUUUCAGGAGACAAUCAUCAAAUGUGACUGCAUGACUAUAUGAUGAGAACUUUGACAUAUAUAUGUCAUGUUAAUCUUAUUUGAUUUAAUGGGAUAGGCUAAACGUAAUCCGAUGCGUCAAAUAGGCAUCCAAUGGACUGAAAUUGUCACAGUAGGGAUCCUGUAGCCCUCUCAUGUCCCUCUGUUUUACACGCACAGACGAGCACGCGCACGAAUACACACGCAUACACACGCACAAAGGUAAUUUCCUCCGAUUCUAGGCAGAAGGUUAAUCAAGCGAACAUACAUUUUCAUGGAAAUCAUAACGCGCCGUAUGCUCGCCAUACAUGUUAUAUAACGAAUGGGUUGAACAGCCAAAAGCUCACUCUUCGUUGUUGGGAUUUUGCACAUUUUCUGCCAUUUUGCCAUGCGACCGUAGGCCGCAAAUCAGCUGAAAAUGCCUGAGUAGAAACAUGGCUGCCCGGUAGAAGAGCACUCCCAGAAAGAGGCGAGUGCCGUGGACUGACGGCCUGCAAUAAUUGUCAAAUAGCACUAAAAAUCGCGCAAACCUUUUUUAUUGACAAACAUCAUGUAAAUCAGUCGAACAAGCUCAGCUGGUCAACACCAAUACUCUAUUGAACAUUAAAUGUAAUUAAUAACGCGUAUUUUAAUUACCAUUGUCACUUAAUAGUUCUGCCUAUUGUCCUGUGAAUGUACACUACAGUUCUAUUGGCCAGUAGAUGGUCUGUGGUUAGUGGUAGCAAUUAGUGAAUUGCAUUGUUGCCUGUCAGACAUUUAAUUUAUAUUCACUGAUAUCAAAUAAAUGAUAGUCUGAUUGGUUAGAUGUUAAACAUGAUUUUUCACACGUUAGCCUACAGCCUAUUUUCACUGAUAUUUUAUUUUACUGUACAAGGGAUUUAUCCUCUGUUCUUUCAAACGGUCUAGUAUUUAGAAGUAAUGCAGGAUACAUUCAUGAAUAAUUCACCAUAGGCCUACAUGCAAUAUAUAAGUAUGUUUUUAUUCUUAGAUGUAGUAUUUCCUCUCACCCUUUUCAUUGCACUCAGUAUUAUGUUGUCAUCGCUCAGUCUUUCUGCACAGACAGAUCUCCCCAGACAGGCAGCUAGGUCUAUAGAGAUGGUAAUAUUUUCUUGUUAUGGUCCUGUUAAUAGAAUGUUUGACCUCUCCUUUCCCCCUCUCCCUGACCCCAUACAUUCAGACAACAUGGACACCUUUAAUAGCUGUAGGUCAGAGGUUCACUUAUUAUAGAGUCAUGCUUGGAGGAUGACAUAUUUGUGUUAAUGUCUGUUUCUCCUCUGACAAGCUGUCACGCACAGUCACACACACAGCACACAUGGCACCACAUGCACUCAAACACACGCGCACAGGCGCAGACACACAGGGGCACACACACACACACACACAGGCAUAACUCUGUAGAAGACCUGACUCCAUCUGGUGUGAAUAUGAUUGUAUUUCCCUUAUUUGGUUUGAGUCAUCACAUUAACAUUGACUCAUUCUGAAACCUAUUAUCUUAGUCAGUGACUAAUUAAUUUAGCUUUAUUCCAUUUACCAAAAGGUGCUAUUGUUUCCAGUUAUUCUACUUUUGAAGAUGUUUUGAGGCGAUUUCACAGCCAAACUGUAUUUAGUACAACACUAUCAUAAACAUCAGAGGAAGAAACCCACACACAGAGAGACAGGCAGUCCUCUGUCUCUAGCACAGGGACGUCAUAUCGUCAUGUCAGACAUUCCCACAGCAGGCAGCACGACCUUGUGAGGGAACUGUUUUUCCCUGGUAGCAGGUUAGUUAGUUGGGUCUAUACUGUGGCCUCAGCAGGGCCUUCCUGUCCUGUCCCUGUCCCUCAAGUCACAGCCAGGGCAGAUUGACCCAUGGGACCCCAAGUGAGGGGAUCCACCAUCUGAUUAUGGAAACAAAUACAACAUGUUUGUUCUAAAGAGUUACAGUUAGGGUUAGACCUCCACGUUACGGAUUUCUGUUCUUGAUUGCAGUGCAGUGUUAGGCCUAGUGCCAUGGUCCACCUUCCACAAGGGCCAGUGCAGUGGUGGUAUUGGUCUUGUCAUUUCAAUCAACAAAUUCCAUGGCUUGAUAAUUGUAGCAUUGUUAAAGUAGAUAAGUAGGCUACACUGAAAAUCGCAUGUGCAAGUGAAAUCCUUGAGCAGCGUUGUACUCAGGGUACUGGCUGUAUGCAGUAUGGGAACAACACAGCCGGUCAGGGACACAUAGAGGAUAAUAUGGCUGGUGUACUGCAUAGACACAGACAGUAUAGCUGUUAGAGAAAUUAACUAGGGAAUAAUAAGACUCCAGUAGAGAGGGAAAACAUGGAAUCCCUUGCAGUUAUAGACAGUGUUUGAUAUGUAAAUGUUCAGUCAGUGCAAGGUCUUACAUAGAAGACACCCUGUUGUGAAGGGGAAGCAAGCAAUUUUUUAUUUCAUUGUAAUAAAAUUAUAGAUUUGUGCUGAUAAUACCAGGAUUAGUGAAUGUGGACUACAUGGAAUUUAUGAUUUUUUUGUCCAGAAAAUGUAUUUAGUCCAUCUGUGUAUGAUUAUGCAAAUAUAUUUUUUGCUUAUAUCUCGUGAAAUAUUGUGUGUCUGUAAUUUCCAGUUGAAGCAUAGAUUUGUGUAGGAUAGAAUGUAAAUCUGGGUUGCUGUUGAGUUUUUAUCCCACACUGUCCUGACAAAAGACUGCAUUAUAAUGUUGUUCAACCACAUACAAAUGCCGGCCAAUACCGUAAAUGCACAAUUCGAGAGCUUUGAGGUUGAUAUCAUAGAGAUCCUAUUAAAUUACUGUUCGUAUUCUAAUUCCUAAUUCUAUGGUUGAUAUGCUGUUUUGUCAUGGCAACGGUUGAGCUGUUUGUUUGAGACCUCAGUAAAACCUUUGUCAUAAAGGAUCACUGAAGGUAAUGAUAUAAGGAAAGGAAGUAAGUGCUCUUGGCAUGAAUGAGGAUACUCAGCUGCAUAUGGAGGGUCAAAUCUGCUGUUUUUCCACAUGUGGUACCUCUACCUCACUUGAAAUGUUAAUGUUGUUAUUAUUACAGUACAAUAACUUGAUAUGUUUAAGAUCCUGAGGUUUCAGGAAUAGCACUGAGCUAAGGUUGAAGAACUGAUCCUCUUGAAUAAUUAAAUACAUUUUCAUUCUAAUUUUAAUCACAAAUAUUUUGUGCACUGUUGUGGCGAGUGAAAGCUUUGGACUAUGGGCCUGCUGUGUACAGCCGGCUGGUCGGUCGCCCCUCCUGACCCUGUGCUGUUGGGCAAGACUAUAACUAGCUUUCCUCCUGCCCUGGGCAUAGUUAAACUCCUCUAAUUCCUACAACACACACACACACACACACACACACACACACACACACACACACACACACACACACACACACACACACACACACACACACACACACACACACACACACACACACACACACACACACACACACACACACAGCCAGCCAGCCCUGCCUUACCGUGGCCCACCACUACAUUAUGCAGCAAUCUCCCUGUAAAUCUUGUGUCAUUAUCCUGUGAAAUCUGUUAAGACUUGUUUAAGCUGCCGGCUUUGAGAAGUGAGAGUUGUGAUGACGGAAACCCAGUGUCUGACACGUGUCCCAUUUUAAACUGAGCUCUCCUGUGUGUGUGUCACCUACCCACUUGGGCACAGACGUCAAUUCCAUGUCUAUUCCACGUUGGUUCAACGUAAUUUCAUUGAAAUGACUUGGAAACAACGUUGGUUCAUCCAGUGUAUGCCCAGUGGGUAGCUACUGGAAGUAUUUCUGGGGAUCUCGGUGUAGAAAAUUCAGUUUGAAUAUGAAAGUAUGCAUGCAGAAAAGUCAUGGUUUACAGAGUGCACAUCAUUUUGUUUCCUUUGGACGUGUGUCUGGAUUCCUUUGGUUUUAAUGCUUUUAACAGAGAGAGAGGCAGAGAGAGCGAGUGAGAGGCAGAGAGAGAGAGACUGAGAGGCAGAGAGAAAGAGAGUGAGAGAGAGAUUGUUACAAUUCAUGUUGUAUCUAGCUUAUUUUAUCAACUUAUUACACUAAAACAGGAUCCUUGACCACUAAUUUACCAAUAUGAUGUUAAAUUUGGAACAGGAUUAAAUUAGCACUGCUAAUAAUAUAUCAGAGGCCCAUCCCAAGACCUUAGGAGUUAAAAAGCGCUGACUUUGACUAUAGGCUAUUUGUUUGUAUUGACCGCUCCCACAUCCUCCUAAGUUACCUUCAGUUGGUCAUGUGGCUAUAGACAGAGGAUGUAUACACUUCCUACCAAAUGAUGAGAAUCACACCCCCUCUUCCUCUCUGUGGUGGAACAGAACAGGCCACACACACAGCAGCAUUCUGUCUCUGUGUUAGUCAGUUCCAGCCACAACUGUACGUUAUCUCUCUCUACCACUCCCACAGUACAGUACAGUAUAAUACAGCCGCAACAGGACACAGUCACUCGCUGUCGUCAUGUGAGUAGGAACUCACAAAUCAAUGGAGCAGCAGUUUCAUAGAAAUGCUGUAUAAAGACUUCAUCAGACGCUCUGUUGCUUUUCUUUCAAGUAGUCUCUUUGUCCUGUUCAUGUUCCAGGACUCCCUGGAAAACAGUGAGUUGUUGCUGGUGGACUAUCCUGGUUAGAUAAAAGAUAACCUGAACUGAUCUUUUCAGAACUUUUCAGAAUUCACACCUAUAUUAUAUUUUAUUCUCCCACCUCUGAGAUAGGCAUAACUACAGCCCAGGACUGUAGCCCAGGACUGUAACCCAGGACUGUAGCCCAGGACUGUAACCCAGGACUGUAGCCCAGGACUGUAGCCCAGGACUGUAGCCCAGGACUGUAGCCCAGGACUGUAGCCCAGAACUGUAACCCAGGACUGUAGCCCAGGACUGUAACCCAGGACUGUAGCCCAGGACUGUAGCCCAGGACUGUAACCCAGGACUGUAGCCCAGGACUGUAGCCCAGAACUGUAACCCAGGACUGUAGCCCAGGACUGUAACCCAGGACUGUAGCCCAGGACUGUAACCCAGGACUGUAGGCCAGGACUGUAACCCAGGACUGUAGCCCAGGACUGUAACCCAGGACUGUAGCCCAGGACUGUAACCCAGGACUGUAGCCCAGGACUGUAGCCCAUGACUGUAACCCAGGACUGUAACCCAGGACUGUAGCCCAGGACUGUAGCCCAGGACUGUAGCCCAGGACUGUAGCCAGGACUGUAGCCCAGGACUGUAGCCCAGGACUGUAACCCAGGACUGUAACCCAGGACUGUAGCCCAGGACUGUAACCCAUGACUGUAACCCAGGACUGUAACCCAGGACUGUAGCCCAGGACUGUACCAGGCUGUACCCAGGCUGUAUCACCAGGACUUACCAUGACUGUAGCCCAGGACUGUAACCCAGGACUGUAACCCAGGACUGUAACCCAGGACUGUAGCCCAGGACUGUAACCCAGGACUGUAACCCAGGACUGUAGCCCAGGACUGUAACCCAUGACUGUAGCCCAGGACUGUAGCCCAGGACUGUAACCCAGGACUGUAACCCAGGACUGUAACCCAGGACUGUAACCCAGGACUGUAACCCAGGACUGUGUGUCUGUGUGUUUGUGUAUACCCUCGGCCUCCAGACCAGGCCUGCUCUAGUCUGUACUGUGUGACAGGAGCCCAGCAGGUGUGGCUGGUUACUGGCAGUGGUUGCUGCUGAACCCUGUCCCAGGGGUCAGAGGGUAACUGGGAAGUAUUUUUGUAGGGAAUUUACAGUCUAAGAUGUAAAUGCUGAAGUAGCCUCACACUCAAUCACUCUAUUAAUACCGCACUGACUCCUGACACCCUGGCGGGUACUACCCUGUCCCUUUUUCAGGGCAACACAACCACUCUCACUAUUCUAGGGCUGGGCUGGGUGGAUAGGCACACUCUUAGAAAGAAGGGUUCCAAAAGGGUUCUGCGGCUGUCCACAUAGGAGAACCCUUUUUGGUUCCAGUUAGAACUCUUUUGGGUUCCAUGUAGAACCCUCUGUGGAAAGGGUUCCAUAUGGAACCCAAAAGGUUUCUACCUGGAACCAAAAGGGGUUCUUCAAAGGGUUCUUCUAUAGGGACAGCCAAUGAACCCUUUUUGGUUCUAGAUAGCACCUUUUUUUCUAAGAGUGUAGGGGAUAGCCUAUAUAUUUGGAAUUUGAUAUGAUGACGAUAUGUACAGUUAAUUGUGUGCACACGAUAAAUACAAAUUCUAUGUAUUUCCCCAAUGCCCAGACCUGUCACACAUACACACAUACACAGUGCACACACAGGUUUGCAUCGUCUUCACUUUGCUGUUGAUCUAUGUGCUUGUCCAUGUAAUGUUUCUGCACUAAUAUCAUGUUGUUGUACUUAGUCAGGGCCAUUAAUCACUUAUGGAGGAUGAGGCUCAACAUCUAUCUGCUUUCAAUGGACUUAGUCAACAGUAACAUGGGGUGCCGAGCCCGUUACGGUCGAAAAGUGGAACAUUCUACUGAUUAAGCAUGAAUCACUUGCAGUAUGCUCAUCUGUGCAGAGCAGGGCAGGGUAGUAGAAAUGAUUCCUGGGUGUUAGGCUAACAACUGUGUGCUGAGGACUGACUCUCUCUCUCUCUCUCUCUCUCUCUCUCUCUCUCUCUCUCUCUCUCUCUCUCUCUCUCUCUCUCUCUCUCUCUCUCUCUCUCUCUCUCUCUCUCUCUUUUUCUCUGUCUGCGCGUGUGUGUGUUUGCGUGUGUGUUUGCCUGUCCAUUCCACAGGGUUGUCAAAGAGGAGAUUUCCGACGACAACGCCAAGUUGCCCUGCUUCAACGGGAGAGUGGUGUCCUGGGUGAGUGAGAUGAAUGGCGCCCCCGCGGCGUCGCCCCCUGUCCCAUAGCUCCCCUCCCCGUCCCAUUGCUCUUCUCUCCACCUCGCUGCGGCUCGUUGGCUCAGCGGUAGCAGAAGAUACGUGUAGCGUUACGCUCCAUAUAGUGUAUCUACCUAGAGAGAUCACAAUAGCACGCCUCCACAGUGCAACACUCGAAGACUCUACAGCAUGGAAAGAUUCACUUAUUGUUGAGCUUCUAUGCAUAGUGCCUUAUACAGGUAUGAGCUAAGCCAAUGGGAGAUGAACCAAGGCAUGGUUACACAACGACAUCACAACACUGUCCAGGCUGGACAGUUUUACUAGCAAUAUCAUACAGUAUCCUACCAACAAAUUAGGUCAGUUAACAAUGAUUUACAUUGGGCCUUGUCACAAGUCUAACAUAGGCCUACAUAAUGAUACGAGACACAGGUUAGUUUGGUAUAGUUGUACAUAGUGCUAGUAGCAGUGAUGCAUACAUUAUCAUGACAGGCUGUACGACAUGCCAUUCCUGUGAAUGAUGUCUCGAUGACAUGCUGUGACGAGGUGAUUUACUGUAUCACCAUCAGGAAACAAAGUCAACUAUAACAUAGCAGAGUGAUUGAACAAGAAAAGUAUGGUAAGAGUGGUCCAAAAAAUUAAAUUAAAAUAAUUUGUAGUCAGUGUGCCUAACAAUCCUCAAAACACAAAAGCUAGAUGAAAAGUAAAGUAUUGCAAACUCUAAAUAGAUAUUUCUAUAAAAUGCUGCAUUUUAUAUGAGGUUUUCCCAGUGUCUUAAUCAUGUUCCAGUGUUAUUAGAUUCUCCCUCUGGCAUGUUCCUUUAACACUCAUUAUUAUGGUUCAAAUGAAAGCAGAGCAGCUGUAUCUAUGGGCCAUUUUACAUAAGCCUUUGUGCUCACACGCACACACAGUCACCAGUGUGAAAGCAAUGUGAGCUGCGACGUUCCCUCUGUUUCCCAAUGUAUUUAUGCAUAGCCACCAGCUUUCCUCAGGCCCCUUCGAUGCAUCUCAUUUAAUACAGUAUCUCUCUUUUAUGUCUCUCAGAUAGUUAUCUUAUGUCUGUUUUUGUGUAUCUGUGUCUGAAUAUCUGUUGUGUGUCUCUGAGUCUCUCUCUAUGUCUGUUUUUGUGACUGAAUAUGUUUGUCUGUCUCUUUGUCUGUAGCUCUUUUCCAGUCUGAUUCUAUGACUGUCUCUGUGUGUAUGGCUAUGUGUUUGUUUAUCUCUAUUUUCAAAUGUGUCUCUGGUAUUUUGUCUCUGACUCACCCCUCUCUCUCUCUCUCUCUCUCUCUCUCUCUCUCUCUCUCUCUCUCUCUCUCUCUCUCUCUCUCUGUGUGUGUCUGCAGCUGGUCCUGGCAGAGAGCUCUCACUCUGAUGGGGGGUCCCAGUGUACAGAGAGCCACCCAGAGCUGCUACCCCCCCUGGAGAGAACAGGGGGCAUCGGUGACUCCCGCCCACCCUCCUUCCAGUGAGUACAUGGCACUGGCUCCAUAUGUGUCCCAUUGCACAUAAACACCAUGCACACAUCAUUACACAAAUUACACACACAAGUACACACGCACACACACACACACACACACACAUGCACCAUGUCACCUUUCUAAUUCUCUGCAAGCCAUAUGCUAAUCAGAAUCUGGAGAGCUCAUCACAGAGAUUCAACCCACACGGGGGCCAAGCCGAGUGCACACAGGAGUUGGAGUUGCGUGUGUGUAGGUGGGUGUGUAAGUGUGUAGGUGUGUGUGUAAGUGUGUAGGUGUGUGUGUGCCAGGGUUCACGCUAGCAAACUCUCGCUUACCAUGCUCACCAAUGAAGUGGCUGCCCUCCCAUCCGUGGGGAAGCGCGUUAGUCGGUCUGCUCAUCUAUGUAGCUAGCUAAGCUUCCUCAAAGCGGCUCCAGAAAUAGCCAUGAUAGGGUAAACAUCUUCAGGGAGAGACUGCUGCCAUUGAAUGCUUCCUAUUAGUGUUGAGACACUAAAAGCACCAAUCCAGCCUAAAUUAAUAGUGAUGCUAGGUAGCCUUAGCUAGCGCUACACUGCUAUCUAGAACCUAAAAGGGUUCUUCGGCUGUCCCCAUAGGAGAACCCUUUGAAGAACCCUUUUUGGUUCCAGGUAUAACCCUUUUGGUUCCAGGUAGAACCCUAUUGGGUUCCAUGUAGAAACAUUUCCCCAGAGGCUUCUACAUGGAACCCAAAAAGGGUUCUCCUAUGGGGACAGCCAAAGAACCCUUUUGGAACCCUUCUUUUCUAAGCGUGUAGUCGGCUGUACCUGCGCCAAAACCCCAGUAUGUUUCAUCCUAUAGCUUGUUCUCCAUCUUCUUUUUAAAUAGCAAGCCAACCUGUUUUCAGCACUGUUAUUUCCAUGACUGAUCAAAACUCAUUUUCUCAUGCUUUCUCUUCUUUCUGCAGCAGACAUAUGCAGAGCAAUAUGUUGGAACAUUAAAUCACAAUAUCGAAUCGCAAUACAUAUAGAAUCAUGAGAAUCGCAAUACAUAUUGUAUCGGCACCUACGUAUCGUGAUAAUAUCGUAUCGGAAGGUCCCUGGCAAUUCCCAGCCCUACCAGUUAAGAGUUAAUAAAUAUAUAUUAUGAGGUCAGACAAUGUGUGGUGUUAUUACUACAUCGAUGGGUUAAAAGCUUAGGCGCAAACUCCACUUCUCAAAUCUUGUUUGACCCUUAUGCAAGCACUAGACUUUGACUUCAAACAGACUGAUUAAAGAUUCUCACUGCACUUGUUAAGAGAGAAACCCCCAAAGCCAAAUUUAACAGGAAAUGCUGUGGGCCCUGGGCUGUGCUGGAGUUGUUGUUGCCAUUAUAGCAGUGUGUUAGCUUCUGCAGGGGUCUGUAUUGAGAGCAUGCAAUCUGUCAUGUUCCAGUAUCUCUUUAUCUACUGUUUGACAUCCUGGCUUUUUUUGCCCUCUGCGGGCUGCUGCUCCCUGCUGCUUGGCUGUCAGCCUGCCUGAUGAUUUUAUUGUUCGGGCCUCCUCUCUUCCUGCUGUGUCUACUGCCACCUUGUGGUCCAAUAUGAGCAUGUCAGCUCGGCUCCCACACUACAAGGAUUUAGCUUUCCUCUUUCUCCCCCCUUCACUUUCUCUCCCCUUGCUCUCUCUCGCUCCCUCUCCCUCUCUUUCAGACAGGCAGUCUUUUUUCUCUGGUCAUGAAUAGGCCUAUGGUGAAUUCCCCAUAGUGAGCUUCUGUCAUUCUCAAAACCUCAGCCUCAUUCUGAAAAUAGCCAGAAUAUUAUUACCAGUUCAUUUUGUUAUUGUGCUUUAUUCAUGUAUUUCAUGGAUCCAUUCCUGUAUGAAUGGCUGUGUUUGAUGGAGGAUAGAAUAGAUAGAAUAGGUGUUUGGGCUGAGUGUGGUGCAGAGCAGGCAGAAUUAAUGUGCUUCUGCCUGGUAAUCCGGAUUAGCGGACACCCAUCUCUGUUUCCCGGGGGGGGGGGGGGGGGGGGGGGGUGAUGAUAGGGGUUAGCGGGGUGGGGGGAAUCACAGCUGCAGCACCCCAUCCCCCUCUCCCAACCCAGCCUCCCUCCCUUGGUAAUCUCACACAGGAUCAACCGACACAGGCGAUCAGCCUACCCCCUACCAGGCUGGACUGCUGCCAUAGACACACAAUAUCCACACCACACUAGCCAAUCCCUGCCAUAGACAAAUAAUAUUAACAUACUGCCCCAUCCAUGCUUUAUCCCUGCCUGAGACAGAUAAUAACCACUAGCUACAGACACAAAAUGCCUCACCUGAUCUAUACCAGUGACUAAUACAGUGUGUGUUUUUGCACAAUGUAAGCAUUAGCAUACAUAUUUUGACCUGUUCUGGAGAGGCACAGAUGCAUCAUUACAUUCAGAUGUAGAAACAUGUUUACCCUUCAUCCCUCUGAUUGAGCAUGGCACAGCCGACCACAGCUUGUCUACGCCUGUGUUGCUACUAGUGGUCCUCUGUAGCUCAGCUGGUAGAGCACGGCGCUUGUAACGCCAGGGUAGUGGGUUCGAUCCCCGGGACCACCCAUACACAAAAAAAAUGUAUGCACGCAUGACUGUAAGUCGCUUUGGAUAAAAGCGUCUGCUAAAUGGCAUAUUAUUAUUAUUAUUAUUACUAUGUAUAUAUUUGUUGUUAAUGUGCAUGCGUCAGCCCAUGGCUCCUAAGGCUGAUGAGAUGGCAGCUUUUAUACCCUGAGGACCAUACUGCAUGAGUUACUUACUGUGUAGUCGUGUACUUGUGUACCUACGUAUAUGAACACUAGUGUGCGCAUGCGUUCGUGUUUCCCGUGUGCGUUCAUGCAUGAUGCAUGCAUGUAUAGGUCCAGUACAUCCCUGAGUGUGUAUGUGCAGAGAGAGAGCAGUGUUCAGCAGGCUGGGUUGGUUGAGUUGUGUUUCUCACCAGCUUCAGGUUUCCUUGGUGUCUAGUGGUGGGUGGGUUUUACCCUGCUACCCUGAGGCUAAAGCCUCUCACCCCCUCUGAUAGGAUAACCUUCCCUCCAGCCCUGUACAGUAUGAGAUGUGUCCCAGCUCAGCCCACACCUGCUCUACCGGUCCCACACACACACACAAACACGCACACCCCUUCACCCUCCAACCUCCACCCUGCCACAGGCAUCAUCUGGGCUUUCAAUGGCCCUCCUCAUUAGUACCAGGCAGCAUUGGACAGAAUGCAUCCCUCUCAGGGUAUCUGGUCAUUAAUGACACUUAGUGAAACACACAUCACAUACCACACCACAACAACACAUCGCUCAUGGCCAGAGGGACUGAAUUUGAAACAGAGUCAUAAUUUGUAAUAGAAUAAAUGUGGCAAAAACAAAUGAAGACAUUAAUAAGUGCGUUUCUAUAGCUUCCAAAAUAUUUUGUACAAUGGUGGGGGAGUGCCAAGAUGGAGGCACAGUGGCUUCAACACAGCACCCCCUAUUAGUCAUCUAGUGUAUAUAUAAAUCAUUGGUUUCAUUGUGGAUCUACAGUAAUUAAACAUUUUGAAUGUGUGUAUUUCAGUGCCAAUGCGGUGAGCAGUCGGGACGGCCUGGACACAGAGACGGGCACAGAGUCCCUCCUGAGCCACCGUAGGGAGAGGGAGAGAGAACGUGCACGGAGGAGAGCACGAGAGACUGAAAGUGAGUAACAAUACACACAUGAUUGGGAUAACUACCUAAGUACAGUAUGUAUAUCAUAUCAGUAUAUCAGUAUAUCAUUACACAUCAUUUUAGCAAUAUACCUCACACUGCUGACAUUGUUCAGUAACACCCCGAAAGGGUGGACUGUAAAUCAUGUCUAAAACAAAUCAGAGGGUUCACAUCUUCUGGUGACAGGUAAGUGGAACAGUUUGACCAAGAUUGCUUUCAGCACUCUCUCUCAUUCCCAAGACACCAAUCUUUUUUUUUCUUAAGUGGGGUUCAGGUUCAUGGGCAGAGGCUAUUUUCAUUUUAGUCAUUUAGCAGACACUCUUAUCCAGAGCAACUUACAGUUAGUGAGUGCAUACAUUUUCAUACUGGCCCCCCGUGGGAAUCAAACCCACAACCCUGUUGUUGCAAACGCCAUGCUCUACCAACUGAGCUACACGGGACUAGUUUCCACCUGAUAGUUUAACCUCAGGAUCUGUGGGAGGACUGUUCUUCCUAUUAUGACCAUGUAUGGAGUAUAGCAGAUGAAUGGGUGGUGGAUGGAUGGGCCCCCCCCAAAAAAAAAGUAUAGCACAUGUAGCGUUAGAGCUGCCUCUUGGUUACUGUGAAAAUCUGAAACCAGCUUUGUAUGUUUUUGCUAUUGGGAAAGUAUUCAAAGAAACAAUUCUUUGUUGUUGCAUAUUUUAUCCUUACUGUAUGUACACAUAGAGUAUCGUGAAUAAUGGACAUGGGAAAAUGUCAGUAAACUCAUGAGUCUUGGUUAAGAAGAAAUACUCUUCAUUUGUUGUUACUGUCAUGGAAACAUUUUCGCACUGAGCUCAGCAAAGAGUUGUAAGAAGGUCACUUGGAGAGGAGGGGGGCUUCCUCAAUCCUCCUUCAGGGACAUUCCUCUCAUCCCAGCAUUCUAUUGUACAGAGAGUAACUAAGCACAUUACAUGUCAUGUCUCUUUCUACACUCAGAAUGAAUGUUUGCAGUGUAGUGCUUUGAGAAAUACCAGAUUUUAAGAUGGCACUUCGGACAAUAUCAUUAUUAGCAAGCCUGAUUCUUCCAAUGAUAAUAGUCACUCCUCCUCAUAUCCACCCUUAUUCCUGUUUAUACACUACUCCUGGAUCUGGUUCAACAGUGUGAUGAUGUUGGUGUCUAUAUUUUCCAUUCAACAACUACUGUAAUGUGUCAGCCUACAGUCUCUGCUGUCUGUCACCCCUGUCUGUUUCUCCUCCAUCCACCCACAGCAGAUAGAGUCAGAGCCAGUCCUUUAUCUCUUUAUCUUAUCACUCCAUCUCUUCCUCCCCUGAUCUGCUGUUCACAGCGAGCCUGGCUGUGUGGAUCCUGCAGCUCCAGGCUCAUUAACCAAAUACUCAUUCAUUUAUGUGGCUUAAUUAGGAUGAGCAGGAUAAAGCAUCAGGCUGGUUGGUACUGUAGAGACGAGAGAGCUGUAAUGUCUAUGUGUAAUACAUGAGCAUGUGUGUAGCUGUUGUCCUACUGGGAAACAAACUACUAUCUCUUCUCCUCUCAAUACAGCCUUUGUUUUUAUAGUCGCUCUGUUAAGUUCUGAUUUGAGAAACUGAAAAUAUGGCUGUGUGUCAUGUCCCUGUAGCCCUCUCUAGAAAUAGCAGCCAGUAGCAGACCCUCUGUUGAAGGAGUAAUAAUCUCUCUCUCUCUCUCUCUCUCUCUCUCUCUCUCUCUCUCUCUCUCUCUCUCUCUCUCUCUCUCUCUCUCUCUCUCUCUCUCUCUCUCUCUCUCUCUCUCUCCCCUCCCUCCAUCUGGUUUCAUUGCCUGGCGGCCUGCUAGUUAGUUAGUGCUAAUUAAAUGAGAGUGUCAGAGAAGAGGGCAUGUCCCUCACGGUGAACACAGUGCUUCAUGGCUCAUAAAACGCUGCCCUACACUGCUCAAUAUAAUCCAAUUCAAUUAGGCAUUAUUUGUUUAGGGCUCUUUAUACAAUGCCAUGGUAGUCACUCAAUCUGUGUCCUUGACUUAAAGGCCCAGGACUAUCCAGCAACAUGUAAAGUUAUCCUGCCUGGCCCUGCAGCAGUAGUAUAGCAGGAAUUCCCCUCUUUCUUUAAGUGCCACUGUGUCUGUGUGAAUGCAGCCUGCUUUACAAUGAACAGAGCAGGGUGAAUCAGUGUUUUAACAGAGGUAAACGUAUCCCUUGUUCUCUCAUUUCUGGUUGUAGGUAUGUGAGAAUGAAUGGAUGAAUAAUGCAGUGUUUGACAAGGUGAGGAGAGUGGACAGGUGUAGAUUGGGCCCACAGGACACUGUGGAGGUAUGGGAGAGGAUCUGUUUCAGGGCCACAGGCGUUUUAGCUCUGCUACCUGCACUGGGAGAUGAGGGGGAUAGGAGAUGAACUGACACCCCUGUCUGUCUGCCUGGCUAUAUCACGCUAUGGGUUUGGCAGGACUAUUUUGACACCUACAAUAGGUGUAUUGACUUCAGAGUGGUCUUACUCUUCACUGUAUAAUAACCUAAUCAAAAUGUAGGCAGCAGUAAUGCAGAAUAUUUCUAUUCAAUUAAAAUGUAUAGAGGUCAAAUGAGCAUUGCUAAAUGUUUAAGAUGCUUGGAACCUAGUGUUUACCAACAUUUUAAAUUUAAACAUUUGCUAUUAUGUGAAAUGUAUUGUGACGAAGGGAGAGCUCGAGCUUCGUACUGCUGAGAGGCUUUGGCGCCGUUAAUCACCUGAUGUCACCAUCACCUGUGGCGGUUAGAGAUAUGCUCGUGCACCAUAUCAAAUCCCAUCAAAUGCUGGGCUUUCGCUCCGUGCUUUGGAAUGCAGUUCUCAGAGAGGGAUUAUCAGACACUCAGUCGCGUGCCAUGGGAUGGGAGUGCGGGGUAAUAUUUUUGCGCUACCAGUUCGUUCAGUUUCUCAGUGCGUCACACGACAGCACUGUCUCGCUGAUCUGACUCUCGCGGUUGAGGUAAAAUAAUCAAAUUUGCUAAUGGAAUCGCUGUAUAGCGUAGUUUGUAGUCCACUGGCUGUUAAAUGGUAGAUACAUGUGAUGGAAUUAAAUGAUAUAGGUGGUUUUAUUUUAGGUUUAUGCAGGUUAUUGUCUAACCUCUUCAGUAGUAAAUUAAAAGGCUAUCUGUAGCCUACCUGUUAUUAUGUGUUAAAUUAUUUUGGCAAUUUUAUAUUUUGCAAUGCUAGUAAAGAAAUCCAUUCUAGAUAUGGCUGAACGAGGAAGCAACUAUUAUUAUCAUCGUCCAGCUGCUGAAAACAAUCUAUAGAUGGGCUACCUUUUAUGCAAGUAUUUAUUGUCCUAUUGUGUAGGCUACAUUCUAUUGAAGAGUUUGACUGUUUUGUUAAUGGAAUAGCCUAAGUGAAUGUAUUUAAGACAGUCUAAUAGAUAGCGAUCAUAAUGACUUAUUAUAUCCUACUUGAGCACCCACCUUAUCAUAAAACCUUAAUUUUAGCAGAUAACAUAUGAUAUUCCCAUCCCUCAUGAUAAUUACUUUAUGGCUCUAAAAUAAUUAAAUGAAAAAAAUAAAAAUCUGAUUUUAAGAAUGGGGGAUAGAAAAAUGCCUGCUUUGACACUAAAGGCUUAUAGUUCACAGCACAAUGUCCCAAAAUAGAAUAGGUUUGAUUUAAUGUUUUUUGUAUUGUUUGGUCAGUGAGUAUAGUAGCAGAUGACAUGUCAAUUAAUCAGGUGUAAGCAUACCACAAUGCCCAGGACUGUAAAAGUCAGACAUUUGCAGAAUUUGAAUACGUCAAGAUACCUUGCUGUCACUGACUGUGAUGAGCAAAAAGGAGAAAAUAUUAUGUUGAGUGAUUGUGUUAUCUCUCCUCGAUUCACAGUAUCUUUCUCCAAAUUCACUAUUUUCUUUUGGUCUUUUUCCACUGCCUUCGUUGUAGAUAAGGAUUGGAGUCUGCCUGCCGGCAGCCUGUCAUUGGGCAGAGAACCUGGUCCCUCUCACAGGGGUUGAGAGACAGACAGGUGCUGGGAGAGAGGGGACAGAGCAUUACACAGACACCAGACAGUCUCAGUUUUGCUGCUGUUUAGUUGUGUGUGUGCGUGUGUGUGUGUGUGUGUGUGUGUGUGUGUGUGUGUGUGUGUUGUUAUAUAUCCCGGGAUGAGGAUUGUACUGCUCUUCUGAAGAGAGUGGUUGUAUGUGUGUGCGCCCUUUGGGCUCAGUCAAUAAUGGGCUCAGUCAGUAAUGGGCUCAGUCAGUAAUGGGCUCAGUCAAUAAUGGGCUCAGUCAGUAAUGGGCUCAGUCAGUAAUGGGCUCAGUCAGUAAUGGGCUCAGUCAGUAAUGGACACCACCACAUUAUUGGAAUGUUUUAGUUGCUCGCGGAGAACGCAGGGUCAGCCACGCCCUCGCCGCUUUGCCAGAGCCUUCCAGCCAAUCCGCUGUCACCCUGCUGAGACAGGACCCCUCCCCUGCCACUGUACGUAUUGGGGGUAGAUGUGGGAGAGAGGUGUUGGGAAUUUGGGACACUGAUGUUAUUGUUUUGGUAGAUCACUGUCUUAUUAAGAGGUAGCUCUUAUCUGCCACUGCCCACUGAUAACACAUGAGCUGAAGUCUAUGGUAUCAUAUUUGAUGAUAAACUGCAUAAUUACAACUGCAUAAAGAUGUUCUUCACAAGUCCACUGAAACCUUUGUUUGCCAUACCAUCACAUACAGUAUAGGUACAAUGCCAUGUUUGCCACAGGACUGCCUUCUGUAAUAGUGAAUCACUAGUAAAUGCCUCCUUGGCCCAGUUGGUCUCUGAUAUCCUCCUGUAUUGAGGAUAUUUUGAGCUUUUUCAUCAGCCGAGUGCUCCGGUUGGUAAUCCCUUCUCUCUUUCUCUGGUGCUUUCUAGACUGGCCUUUUAACCUCUUCUAAAUCUUUGUCUUGGUUUCCGAUUAGAUGUCCUCAUAGUGUCCUUAAUACUAAUCUUCUCUGGAUGGUUUCCUAUAACAUUUGGAAAAUAUUUCUCGCAUCAUUUCUAUAUCGCUGUCUGUUGACAUCUCCCACUCUCAGCUCAGAGUUGUCUUUCACUGUGUCACUUUUAUGCCAUUUAGCAGAUGCUUUUAUCCAAAGCGUCUAAUAGUCAUGCGUGCAUACAUUGUCAUGUAUGGGUGGUCCUGGGAUUAGAACCCACUAUCAUGGCGUUGCAAGAGCCGUGCUCUACUAACUGAGCUACAGAGGACUACCGUGGAGUGUUGAUAUCUGACUGUGUUGAUAUCUGACUGUGUUGAUAUCUGACUGUGUUGAUAUCUGACUGUGUUGAUAUCUGACCUGUUGUUUUGUGGUUGUCUUCUCUCCAGUCCCUCGUAUCAACGGCCACUCUAAGUCGGAGCGCACAGCGAGGGACUCUGCCAUGGGCUACGACAGUGCCUCAGUAAUGAGCAGUGAACUAGAGUCCAGCUCCUUCGUCGACAGUGAGGAAGAUGAGGACGCUAGCAGGUAGAUGCUUCCUCUCACUCUCGCUCUCUCUAUGUCAUCUUCCUCUCUUUUCAUCAGUGGUUCUUUACAACAACAAAAUACCAUAUCCCCUCUGACCUCUUCCCUUUUCCUGCUCCAGGGGUGCUGCCCUGCGGCUGACCCUGUGCUGCUCCCAACCUGCAGUGUAUGUUGUGUGGUGGGGCUGGGCACUGUUAUGUAAAAGAAGAAAGAUAGUCGCACACUCUAUAUAUGCUCCCAAUUAUUUAAUGUUUAAACACCAAUGUUUUAGCACACAGUGCCUUCUUCAAGGUUUCCCUUGUUUCUGUAUCAUGGACCAAUGUAUAUUGUAUUGUGUUGUGUCUUAGACUCAGCAGCUCCACAGAGCAGAGCUCGUCCUCUCAGCUGAUGCGCAGACACAAACGCCGCAGACGGAGGCACAAAGUAGCCAAAAUAGACCGGGUGAGUUCCCCUCAAAGGUUUUACUACGUCCCAUGUGCAUGUGAAAAAGAAAGAACCAGAAUGGUUAUGUGAAUAUGUCUGUGACUGUUUUAUUUGCUCAUUUACUUUCUUCCUCCUUCCUUUCCAGUCUUCGUCUUUCAGCAGCAUCACCGAUUCCACUAUGAGUCUCAACAUCAUCACUGUCACACUCAACAUGGGUAAGGCUUUCCCCUUUUUAAUGUAUCUCUUUUCUCUCUGACUCUUUCUUUUGUUCUACUAAGUAUCAUCAGAGUUCAUAUGUGUUUGAUAAAGAUAUCAUCAAGGUCCAUUGACUGUAAACUGAUUUAUUUCUCUCUCUCUUCUCUCCUCCAGAGAAGUAUAACUUCCUGGGUAUCAGUAUCGUAGGGCAGAGCAACGACCGGGGAGACGGGGGGAUCUACAUUGGCUCCAUCAUGAAGGGAGGAGCUGUAGCUGCAGACGGCAGGAUAGAACCUGGAGACAUGCUCCUACAGGUACACCCGCUAUUAAUGGGCCUAACAUUUAUUCUCUGUGUAAUGUUGUAAAGUUAUUCUAUAUGUUGCGUUCUGUGUGAGAUAUUAUUUUGACCAUAUUUGUAUGGUUUGUUGAGGGAAUGAGCAAGUGCUUGCAAAUUGGUUAUAGAUGUCCAGUGAAAAAGUUGCUUUGUGAUUUCCAUAGCAUUACCAAUGAUGUUUGGAUACAGUGUGUUUGACACAAUGAAUUGUAACAAUAAGGGAAAGGGGAAACAGGUCCUGUGUUUCUGCCUGGCUUUGUUGUGACCUAUUGACAACCAUCUGAAAUGGUCCUCAUCACCUCCUUCCCCAUAACCCUCUUUUCUACAUGUUGUUUUUCUGCCUUUCCUUUUGCUUCCUGUUGUUAGUUCUCUUUGAUGUCUGUAUGGCUGGACUCAGACUAACCUCUCUGGCCACGCCUCCUCUUGUACACAAUAUACAUGGUGGCUUAUCAGUAGUUAUUGUAGAUCCAGCAUAUAUUAACCCGAUUUAAUGUAGAUCCAGCAUGUAUUAACCCGAUUUAUUGUAGAUCCAGCAUGUAUUAACCUCAUUUAUUGUAGAUCCAGCAUGUAUUAACCUCAUUUAUUGUAGAUCCAGCAUGUAUUAACCUCAUUUAUUGUAGAUCCAGCAUGUAUUAGCCCCAUUUAUUGUAGAUCCAGCAUGUAUUAACCUCAUUUAUUGUAGAUCCAGCAUGUAUUAACCUCAUUUAUUGUAGAUCCAGCAUGUAUUAACCUCAUUUAUUGUAGAUCCAGCAUGUAUUAACCUAAUUUAUUGUAGAUCCAGCAUGUAUUAGCCCCAUUUAUUGUAGAUCCAGCAUGUAUUAGCCCCAUUUAUUGUGGCUCCAGCGUGUUUUUCCACCCACUCAUACAUAAAGUAUAAAGCUGCUUAGGAUUUACUAGCUUUUAUAUGCGUCUGAAAGCACACUUGUGUGUAUGUGUGUAUGUCUUACAAUAGUGCCCUAGAGAAUUAACUUGUAGACUGCAGAGUCCUAAAGCACUUGUUUAUUUUGUUUCUUUAUUCACUUGUUAAUUUUGCCCAACCACUUGUUCAAUUAAAGACAUGAUCUGUGAACAUGGACGUUAACUGUUUUGUUGUGUUCCCCAGGUGAACGAUGUGAACUUUGAGAACAUGAGCAACGAUGACGCUGUGAGGAUCCUGAGAGAGAUCGUCUCCAAAACAGGGUAAGAACAGUACUGUGUUACAGUGCAGGAUUGUUGGCGAUAACCCAGAAAACAUUUCAAGAUAUGUUAAAAUGUUGCGUGUGAACACGGUCACAGGUCAGGUCAGACAGUCAAAGGACAUGGCUAUUGGGUAUUUACAGGAUUUAAAGCUGAGCAAUGGUAAGACUCUGGAGUACAUUAGCGUUAUAUUAGAAAUAUCAGUGAUGCUGACCUCUGACUGGUUAGAUUGGAUAACAGUGGGUUUGUAUUUUAAACAACUUCUGCAUUAUUGACUAUUGUAUAAUACAGACUCAUAUUUAUCUCCAUAAUCCUUGUAGUUCAACCAAACAUUUCCUUUUCCCCCCUAUCGUUUCCUCUUGUUCCUUUAACUACACAGGAGCUAUAGAAGUGAGUAGAAUGUAUUUGUAUUGUAACUGACGGUCUCCCCAUGUGUCCUCCAGUCCUAUUAGUCUUACUGUGGCCAAGUGUUGGGACCCGUCUCCACGAAGCUACUUCACCAUCCCCCGGGGUAAGAAACUCACCGGUGUUCCACCAACAACAGGUUAUUACCACUUACAAACAGGGUUCUCAAACUCAGCUGGAAACUCACUUUAGAAACUUUUGAAAAAACGUUUUGAAAAUCUAAGUGUUUGUGCUUGUAAAUUCAUUUAGAGUAGAAGUUUGAGCACAAGUACUGGCUAACACAGUAGAUGAUGUGUGUGUGUGUGUGUUAUGUUUGUGCAGCUGAACCAGUGAGGCCCAUCGACCCUGCUGCCUGGAUCUCCCACACAACCGCCCUGACCGGACCCUACCCACACUACGGUAUGACCACAGUCACUCACACAAACUAAUGCAAUCACUAGACAUAGCUGCACUCUCACUGUCCUAGAAAGACCACAUACUGAAUGUAUUGUCACUCACUGUCUGUGAAUGUGCUGUCUCAACCUCCUCUCCCCUUCAGAAUUUGACGACUUGCCGUUAUCUGCGAGUAAGACGGACAUGUCAACCAUCGUCAAGGUGAUGCAGCUGCCUGACUCUGGUCUGGAGAUCCGGGACAGGAUGUGGUUGAAGAUCACCAUCGGCAACGCUGUCAUCGGUGAGAGGGACUGGGGGACACGGACUACUACUAAUAAUAUGCCAUUUAAAUUGAGUAAAUUAAGGGUUUAAAGUUGGACUUGAAACAGCAAUCACUUCCCUUACUGUUAAACUGUGAUGUCUGUUGCAAGACACUUCCUUGAUAUUGUCAACAUAACAUCUACUUGCUUGAUGUGGUGUAGUUAGUUGAUGCUAUCAAUAUUAUAGUGCAAUAGAAUCCUAUAUGAGUGUGUGCUGUUGUAGUGCAGACUACAGUGUGUGCUGCUAUGUCACGUGGUGGACUGGCUCUACUCGACAUUGUGAGGUUGUGAUUCAGAUUACAGUCUUAAACAGUGUGUUGCUGUGUGUCGCUGUGCCAGGUGCUGACGUGGUGGACUGGCUCUACUCGAGGGUGGAGGGCUUCAAGGACAGGAGAGAUGCCAGGAAGUAUGCCAGCAGUCUGCUGAAACAUGGCUACCUGAGACACACCGUCAACAAGAUCACCUUCUCAGAGCAGUGCUACUACACCUUCGGAGACCUCUGCCAAAGUACUGUCACUGAGCCACUUUGACAUUAAUAUAUUAUGUACUGUAUUUUAUAAUUAGAGGUGAAUUUUUACUUGUGUUAAGUGUAGUGUAGAGUCCAAUGGCAGUGUGUUUUUUACCUGUCAUGAGAGGGGCUACCUCAUAGAUGUCACUAACUCUCUCUCUCUGUCUGUCUGUCUCUCUCUCUUUGUCUGUCUCUCUUUCUCUAUCUUUCGCUUCUCUCUCAGACAUGGCGUCUCUCAACCUGAACGAGGGUUCCAGUGGUGGGGGCUCUGAGCAAGACACCCUGGCCCCCCUCUCUCCCCCUGUCACCAACCCGUGGCCCCUGGGGGGUCAGCCAUUCCCCUACCCCCCCUUCCCCUCCGCACCUCCAGGCUUCCCUCCAGGCUACUCAGACCCCUGCCACAGUUUCCACAGUGGGAGUGCUGGCAGCCACAACAGUGAGGGUGAGUCUGCAG